ACAUUCGUGCGAACGUUCAUACGAUUUAUUGUCGAAAUUUUCCGAGUCGCGACGAUAUUAAUUCUUUUUGGCUAUAGAACUUCUCAUUCUUCAUACAGACAUGAAGCUGUCGUUUCAAUUGUUGUUACCAUUCCUUUGGAUACAUAUGUCCUUACAAAAAGUAUUGUACAGUUGGAAAUAUAUAGAUUUUGAUUUUGUUACUGAGAAGGAACGGGACGAAUAUAUCCAGAAGGGACAAUAUCAAAAAAUUGCUUCAGUACCUAUCGACACAAUGAUUGCAAAUGACAAAAUAUUUAUUACCAUACCACGUUCGGAGGGAGUACCUGCCAGUUUAGGAACGCUUAACACAAAAAAACAAAAUGGUGGAGGUCCCUUAGUUCGGCCAUAUCCAAAUUGGAAAUGGGCAACUAAUAUACAAGAUUGUAAUAAUAAUAUCAUCAGUGUUUACAGAGUAGACUUGGAUGAUUGCAAUAGAUUAUGGGUUUUGGAUAAUGGAAAGAUUGGAGAAGAACAAAAGUGUCCACCUAAGAUUUUAGCGUUCGAUCUGAAAACUGAUAAAGUGGUGGUACAAAAAGAGAUUCCAAACAAAUAUGCUUUUAAUAGCAAUGGCAACGGACUAUUAGUAACUCCUUUGGUAAAGACUUUAGGAGAACAAUGCGAGCAUAUAACGGUAUACAUGGCGGAUAUAGAGGGUUAUGGAUUAGUAAUAUGGAGAGGAGGCGAUAAUUUUCAAAGAAUCGAUUCGCCAGAUUUCGCGGCUGAUAAACCAUAUUUCAAAUUAAACGGUGAUAGUUUUUAUCUAUCCGAUGGUCUCGUUGGUCUGGCAUUGUACGAAGGCGAUAAAAAAAAUGAUAGUAAAUUAUAUUGUAGUGCAUUGGCUUCUUAUAAUAUGUACCACAUAUCAGUAAAUUCAUUGGAACAAAGUAUUAAUAGAAAAGUUGAUAUCUACCAAGAUAAAGGUGACAUUAACUUUCACAAAGUACCAUUGGUUAUGACUGGUUAUAUUCUAUUUUUUGCUUCUCUAGAAGAUAAUGCUCUAAGAAUGUGGGAUGUAAGAACAAAAUUCACCGAAAGAAAUACGAAAAUAAUAAAGAUAGACAAUAACAUAUUACAAUUCGUUAGCGGUUUGAAAAUUAUGAAGAAUAAUAAUGUAUCUCCGGGAUGUACCGUCAUCUAUGGAUUGUCGAAUAAAUUUCAGAAAACAGCAGCUGGUACACGAAGUUUAGAUGAAAUCAAUUAUCAGAUUUUCAAAUAUCAUUUAUAAGACGAAACUUCGUCUACGAAUUUCCCGAUCAGAAUUAUGUUAAGUAUUUUGACAAUUGCCUACAAUUCCAUGGACUCUGUAAAUAUCUGUAUUAUUUAACAAGAGCAUUUUUAAAUAAUGUACAAAUAAUAUAUUAAAAUGAAAUAAUAAAAGAAAUAUAUUUACUCUUUGAAAAAA